AUGAUUGUAGGUAUAGUCGGGUUAAUAUGGUGUGCUGUUUGGUUGACUGUGGUGAAGGACAAACCGGAAGACGAUCCUCACAUCUCCACAGAGGAACUAAAGUACCUGAGAGAGAAUCUUGAUUGCGGACCUAAUGACUUUAUUCCUAAACAUAUUAUAUAUCCUUGGGGCAAGUUCGUCACGUCAAUGCCUGUAUGGGCCAUAGUUGUGGCUCACACCUGCAUGAGAUGGGGCUUCAGUAUACCGGACUUGGAUUUGCAGGACUUCAUGAGAGAUAUAUUCGACUUCGAGGUAGCUGAAACCGGAUUUGUGUCGUUCCUGCCAUCUCUAUUGAUGGCUGUCCUGAUGCCGGUCGCUGGAAUAUUGGCUGACUGGUUGAGGAACUCAGAAGUGCUCACUACCACACAAGUGCUGAAAGUUUUCAACUGCGGUACCUUCAUAAGUCAGGCGAUAUUGAUUUUGCUUGCAGGACACUUACGCUCCGUUUUCGGUGUGUUAUUGUGUCAGGUAAUGCCCAUAGGGCUGUCAGCGUUUGCCAGGGCUGCCAUCAGGUAACUUUAUACUGACUAGCUGUAUCAACUUCAUAACUGUUAUCAGACAUUGAUAGCGUAAGCAAGUAAACAGUAUUCGUAAAACUAAUAUCUCCAUAAUAUUGUACACUAAUACAACGUUAACGGUGCGUAAUUGUGUCUGGUAAAGGCCCUAGGGCUAACAACGUUUCCCUUCAGGUAUAUAUCCCAUACAGCACAAACCUAUUUAAUGUAUAUGCAGUGUAUAACUACCAUGGAAAUCCACGAUACUCAUGGGAUUUACGUGGUAUCCACAGGAUGUACACGGGAUAUUCAUAUUCCCGAUUCAGUAUAUAUCUACCAUGUAUAGUAUGUGGAUUUUCUGUGGAUAUUUUAUAUACAUUCGAUUAAUCCACAAAUGUAAACUGUAUGUACAUUAGAUCAUCCAUGGAUAUUCGAUAUAUCCACAAGAUAUCCAUUCAAUGCAUACCUUUACAUCCUUUUAUAUCCAUUAGUUACAAAUACCUUUCUAAUAGUUGACUUUUAACUCCUCUCAAAAAAGCCUUAGGGUUUUCUGCACUUUUAGUUUCAACAUCAACAGCAUUUAAUAAUCUGACUGACUGCACAUAAAAAGAUUUACUAUAUGUCACGGUUCUGUGAAUUGGAAACUGCAAGGUUUCACUACCAAAACGUGUCUCUCUAAGGUGUACAUUGUUCAUAAACGUAUACUUUUCAUACAAAUAUUGAGGUUCUUUAUAUGUCAAGGCCUUAAAAGCCAAAGCAAGAAUAUUAUACUCAAUUCGUUCUUUAACCUUUAACCAACCUAAAUCUCUAAAAUACUGAGUAACAUGAUCGUCCAACCGUAAAUUGAAAAUAAAUCUGAUACAUGCAUUCUGUGCCCUUUGUAACUUUGCUAUCAACUCACUAUUCAAAUCACAGAAGGCUACACUAGCAUAGUCAAACAACGGUUGAACAAGAGUUGAUAUCAAUAAUUUCUUAAUAUUCACUGAAGGACUAAAGCACAAUCCUCUAAAUUGAUGCAAACACUGAAAAACUCGCUUAUGUAUGUAGUUGACUUGCUCUGUCCAAGAUAAAGUGUUAUCAAUUCUUAAACCUAAAUUCUGAACCAUACUUUGAUACUCUAACACAUUACCAUCUAUAAUUACAGGUUCCACUAAAUUAAAAUCUACUGUAUUUAACAACCUUCUACUUCCUAAGAUAAUUGGUUUGCAUUUACUGAUGUUUAAACUCAAUCCAUGAUUGUGGCACCAUUUAAAAAGAGUAUCUAAAUCUGCAUUUAUAAAGUUAAUUGAGUUAUUUAAAUCUUUUACAUUAGUAUGGAUAUAUAAUUGCAGAUCAUCGGCGUACAACAUGGAUUUACUAAAAACAAGUGACUCACAAAUUCUAUUUAUAUACAAGCUAAACAACAAAGCAGACAAAGUCGAUCCCUGUGGUACCCCUAACGGAUUAUGCUUCCAAUCCGACAAUAAUCCACUACCUGUUUUCACUCUUUGCAUUCUAUCCAUUAAAUAAGAGUUAAACCACAUAAUAGCACUUUCACUAAAACUAUAAGAUUUAAGAAUAGACAGUAAUAGCCUAUGUUGAACACAAUCAAAAGCACGUGUGAAAUCUAGCAGUACCAUUAUAGUUAAUUGGCGAGUGUCUAUUGCACGCCUAACAUCAUCAGUUAUACGAAUUAGAGCCGUUUGUGUACUGAAGUUAGUCCUAUACCCUGAUUGAUACUUAUAUACAAUGUUAUUAUUACUAACAAAGUUACAUAUUUGUUGAUAGGCUAUUUUAUCAGUUACUUUACCCAAAACACAUAAAAUAAUUAUCGCUCUAUAGUUUUUGCACUCACUCGGGUUCGCAACUUUGGGAGAGAGAAACAUGAUAUCUAGCCAUGUUUCAGAUUCUGGUCUGUGGUAUGUGGGGUUUAAUGGUAAUAUAGACAUAUUCAAAUUUUUAACAGUAUCCAAUAAAUACGUUUUUUCGAAAAACACACGACCAGUACUUAAAUUUAUGUUAAAGUCUCCUAUUACUAAGACAUAUUUAUACACUGGAAGUAAAUUGGCUAAAACUAUGGAGAGAGAGAGAGAGAGAGAGAGAGAGAGAGAGAGAGAGAGAGAGAGAGAGAGAGAGA